GCUGCUACAAGUAGCCGCAGCUAAUCCGAACGAAAAUAGUCAACGAUAGUAACGUCAAGUCCUGCGAGAUCUUACACUCCCGUGACACUCUCGCGAGAUGUGGUCAAAUCACAGGAAACAUGGCGGACAGGCUAACGCAGCUUCAAGACGCUGUCAACUCGCUUGCGGACCAGUUCUGUAACGCCAUCGGGGUCCUGCAGCAAUGUGCGCCUCCUGCCUCCUUCAGCAACAUCCAGACGGCCAUCAACAAGGACCAGCCCGCAAACCCCACCGAAGAAUAUGCCCAGCUGUUUGCAGCCCUGAUAGCCAGAACAGCCAAAGAUGUGGACGUACUAAUCGACUCUCUCCCCAGUGAGGAGUCCACAGCAGCUCUGCAGGCGGCCAGUCUGCGGCAGCUGGAGGAGGAGAACCACGAUGCAGCAGCUCGUCUGGAGGACGUGGUUUUCCGUGGCGAUAUGCUGCUGGAGAAGAUCCAGAGCGCUCUGGCUGACAUAGCCCAGUCUCAGCUCCGCACCCGCAAUGGAGCCCCAAGCCAGCCUUCACCAUCCGAAUCCUGACCCACAACACAUGGAUUACACCUUUGGACAAUUUCACUCAUGUUUUGACUCUUUAUAUUUACCUUCAGAGGCCAAACUGUAAAGAUGAAAGCCUCACACACAGGCUGGAUGUGUCUAAACGCCCAUCAGAGUGGUGUGGAGGAUAUUCUCUCACAGGUCUGGAUAUUUACAGAAUAUAUUGAUCUCCAAAUGAGCUUUUCUUCUGCCCUUAAUGUUAAUUGGCUGAGAAAGAUUUACAAAUGCCGACUUCUUGGCCUGAAAACCAACAGGAGAGGGCCAAAAGAAGACAUCUUCACAUACACAUGUGGAAAACUACUUCCUCGUGGUGAGAAAAGAGUUUAAAAGGUUUUGUAUGUUUUAUGUACAGUAUAUGUUGAGUUGCAUCUCGAUGAACUUUUGUAGAUAUUUAUGAAUAAAAUCAUAAUUCUCAUUUUGCUGCUCUCAAUAUGAUAUCACUUGUUUUCUGUAGCUGUCUGUUUUUUCCUUAUUCUUUUUUUAAAAAUAAAGCUUCAACAAAC